ACACAGAGCUACCUACUGUAAACAUUCAACACUCAAGAGCCAAGAGGGAGAGACGAUGAAGGUUGAUGUGGUGGGGACGACGCUUGUGGCGCCGAGCGAGGACACGCCGCACCCGGAGCUGUGGCUGUCGAACCUGGACCUGGCAGUCCCCAAGACGCACACGCCGCUCGUGUACUACUACCCGGCGCCGGCGGCCGGAGGCGACACCGACGGAGAAGCGGCCUUCUUCGCGCCGGAGCGGCUCGAGGCGGCGCUGGCCAAGGCGCUGGUGCCGUUCUACCCGCUGGCGGGGAGGCUGGGCGUGGGCGAGGGCGGGCGCCUGCAGAUCGACUGCACCGGCGAGGGCGCGCUCUUCGUCGUCGCCAGGGCCGACUUCGCCGGCGAGGACGUGUUCAGUGACUACGAGCCGUCGCCGGAGGUCAGGCGGCUGUUCGUGCCGUUCGCGGCGUCCGGAGACCCGCCCUGCGUCAUGUCCAUGUUCCAGGUGACGUUCCUCAAGUGCGGCGGCGUGGUGCUGGGCACGGGCAUCCACCACGUGACCAUGGACGGCAUGGGCGCGUUCCACUUCAUCCAGACCUGGACCGGCGUGGCGCGGGGCCUCGACACGGCCGAGGCGUGCGGCCCGCUGCCGUUCCACGACCGGACGCUCCUCCGCGCGCGCUCUCCGCCGGCCCCGGCCUUCGACCACCCGGUCUACUCGCCGGCUCUGCUCAACGGCGUGCCCCGGCCCUUCGUCACCCGCGUCUACGCCGUCUCCCCGAAGCUUCUCGCUGGCAUCAAGUCCCGCUGCGCGCCGGGCGUGUCCACCUACUGCGCCGUCACCGCGCACCUCUGGCGUUGCAUGUGCGUCGCGCGCGGGCUCGCCCCGGGCUCGGACACGCGGCUCCGCGUGCCGGCCAACGUCCGCCACCGCCUGCGCCCGCCGCUCCCGCGGAGCUACUUCGGCAACGCCAUCGUGCGCGACCUCGUGACCACCCGGGUGGAGGACGUCCUGGAACGCCCGCUCGGGUUCGUGGCGCAGGCGAUCAAGGACGCGGUGGACCGCGUCAAUGACGCCUACGUGCGCUCCGUGGUCGACUACCUGGAGGUGGAGUCGGAGAAGGGCAGCCAGGCGGCGCGCGGGCAGCUCAUGCCGGAGUCCGACCUGUGGGUGGUCAGCUGGCUCGGGAUGCCCAUGUACGACGCCGACUUCGGGUGGGGCACGCCGCGGUUCGUCGCGCCGGCGCAGAUGUUCGGCAGCGGCACGGCCUACGUCACGCAGCGCGCCAACAGGGACGACGGCCUCGCCGUGCUCUUCGGGCUGGAGCCCGAGUAUCUGCAGUGCUUCGAAAAGGUGUUCUAUGGAGAGUGAGUCGUGAGAUUACUAGUGUCAUCCGCGUUUCGUCGUGAGCACCGAGUGCGAUUACUGUAGCUUGGAACCUGAUGCUGUGGAUGUGGGCUUUGCAAAUUACUCCGGUUUCUGUGUUUUUUUUCCUAGUAUUCUCAUGUGGUUUUUAGGUGCUCAGUCGAGACUUGAGAGAGAACAUAGCUGCGUUGACUUUAGCAUGGUUUAAUUUCAACUCUAUGGGUCUCUAUCUAUUGUCACAUUAGCUAUCCACCGUACUAUCGAUUCUAUUGUCGGCCGUUGUCAACCAUAUCUAUAGCAUGGUCGUACAAAA